AUGAGCAGUUCCUGUGUGACACUGGCCGAGGUCCUGUGGGCAAAAGGAAGCCCUUUGGAGGAAGAAGAAAUAUGGGCACUUUUGUACGUGGCCACAGUGCAGCUUCUGGAGGACCUUCACAAAGACCCUGCCAUCUGUGUGAUUUGUCCAUGGUCAGUACUACUGUCUGCUGAAGGAAAUUUGUCCUUCCAAAACAAUGCAUCUCAGACAGAAGCUGUCCCUUUCAGUGCACCGGAAUUGCUCCACAGACAAAGUAAAAACCAGCGCAUUGGACUAACAAAGAUGUUGGUGUAUUCCUUAGGAAUGACCCUCUAUUGGUCAGUAGACUACCAGGUUCCUCCAAACCAGUCCCUCCAGCUGAGUGACCAGCUACACACGCUCUUGCUGACACUAUGUGAAGAUCUGCCACAUAAAAGACUUUCUCCUGAAUCAAUUCUGGAAGCAUGUGAGGCACAUCAGAAGGAAUCUGCUGCCUUACCAGCGAAUGGUUACAUAAAGAAAAUGGUCCAGCUUGCUGUGGGAAGUGUCAGUGAGGUAGAGCGGGUGGCCACCGAAGACAACACAGCCUCUCAGCUUAACAGAAGUCAUGUGAUAAGGAAAAGACUGCAUGAGAAAAUAUCGGACACCUCACCACUGUCCUCCCAGAUGAAUUUUCACCAAGGUAUUAUUGGUCAUAAGAAAAGGAGAUUCUUCUGGAAAUCAGAAGACAAAUAUAGACAAAACACAGACAAACCAGCUGUCAAAUCAUAUUGGCUCACUCAUUCAGAAGCUAAGCGUACAGAUUCACACUUGCAUAAGCUGUUUUCAGGUCCAGAAUUUAUUAUUUUGUCUAGUGAACCACCAGUGACCUUACAGCUGCCUGGAUCAAUUGUGACUAAAAAAGGGAAAUCCUAUUUGUCCCAAAGGGAUCUCAAUGUGAUUCUACUCAAUGGGCAGUGCCUUGAGGUGCAAUGUGACAUCAAGUCCAAGGCAAGAGAUGUUUUCAACACCGUGGUGGCAUAUGCAAACUUGGUGGAACAUUUCUACUUUGGCUUGGCUUACCUGAAAGGUAAAGAAUUCUUCUUUUUGGAUGAGGAGACCAAACUCUACAAAGUGGCCCCAGAUGGCUGGAAUGACCAACCCAAGAAGAAAACUUCCAUCAUUAAUUUCACACUCUUUACAACCAUUUUAAUGUUAUCCAGUAAGCAUGGCUUGACAAGGCAUCAGUUUUACCUGCAGCUUCGUAAAGAUAUCUUGGAAGAGCGACUAUAUUGCAAUGAUGAGACUGCCCUGAAGCUUGGCGCUUUGGCUUUACAGGCAGAGCUCGGCAAUUAUGCUUCUGAGAUGCAUGGAAAGAGCUAUUUUCGUGUUGAAGACUACAUUCCAGCAAGCCGAAUAGAGAAAAUGACCCUGGCGUAUGUACAACGAGAGCUUGCUAAAUUACAUCGUAUGAAUCGUUCCCUAUUUGAGGAUGAAGCUGAACAGGAAUUUUUAAAGGUGACUCAGCAACUUCCUGAAUAUGGAGUGUUAUUCUAUCGUGUGUCCCAAGAGAAGAAAGGAGCAGGAGGAGACAUCAUCCUGGGAAUCUGUGCCAAAGGCAUCAUUGUGUAUGAGGUCAAAAAUCACACAAGAAUUGCCAGUUUAAGAUUCCAGUGGCGUGAAACAGAAAGAAUUUCAGCUCAUAGAAAAAAAUUCAUGAUUGAAAGCAGCUUCAGUGGCAAAAAACACACCUUCAUUACCGAUACAGCAAAGACAUGUAAAUAUCUACUGGACCUCUGCUCUGCCCAGCACAAAUUUAAUGCACAGAUGAAUUCUAGGCAACUUCGGCAAACUUCAUCAGAGGAAAGUAAAUUUAUGGAAAUAGACAAAUCAAAUUCUGCAUAUGCAGCUCAGCGUGAACACCUUGCCCUGAUUCAGAGACUGUCUCGUUCAGAGAAUGUGCUCUAUGGAGCAAAUCUGGAAAACCUUUCUGCUGGGAUGAUGAGCAAAUCUUGUGAUAACCUCAGUGUGCAAACCAACAACAGGGUUAGAGACAAAAGCAAUCUUGGCAGAUCCACAUCAGGGCUAUCCCAGUCAGAAAUGCACAUCAAUUUGAAUGGAAAGCAAAGAAGUUAUGACUACCUCUCUAUCCACUCAACUCAGAACACAAUCAGUGCACCUGGAUCACCAGCGAUCCAAAAGGAAGUUUUGCUAAGUGGUCUAGAAAGAGAAAUCAUUUGUGUCAGCCUAAAACGUGACCCUAAGAAUGGAUUUGGUUUUGUAAUUAUUGGAGGAGAAAAUGUGGGAAAAUUAGACCUUGGUAUCUUUAUUGCUUCAAUUAUCCCUGGGGGACCUGCAGACAGAGCUGGAAAUAUCAAACCAGGAGGACGACUCAUCUCUGUGAAUAAUAUUAGUCUUGAGGGCGUUUCAUUUAAUACUGCAGUUAAAAUCAUACAGAAUUCUCCCGAUGAAGUGGAGCUCAUCAUCUCUCAACCCAAAGACAUGUAUGAAGAAGGAUUAAAUGAAGAAAAGAAUCUAUCAAGAGGAAACAGCACUAGUGGAUCUGAGAUCUCUUAUGUAGACAGUGGGAGAAAAAAGAUUCAGGAUUGUCAUACAGCUCUCCCCAAAGAACAGGACACAAAUAUAGAUGAACUUGAAAAGGCUCUUUCCUGGAAUUUAGCACCAAAAUUGAGCCCUAGGAUUCCAGUUCCUUCAGCUGAUAGCCUGGAAGUGGAGGAAGGUGACUCUUCACACUUACCAUCUCCAUCUGAAACCAACUCAAAGGAAAUCUAUUCUGUGGAGCUUGUUAAAGAAGAUGGGACUUUCGGAAUCAGUGUGACUGGUGGAAUUAACACUAGUGUGCGUCACGGUGGGAUAUACGUGAAGUCAAUUAUUCCCAGGGGAUCAGCAGAUAAGGAUGGACAAAUAAAGAUAGGUGAUCGUUUGCUGGAAGUAGAUGGCACCAGCCUCUGCGGCAUCACCCACAAACAGGCUGUGGAACACCUUAAGAAAUCUGGCCAGGUUGCCAAGCUGGUUCUAGAAAGGGGAAACUACCAACUGGCAGAGCCAUGCCUGACUACUAAUGACAGAAAGGAGGACCAAUGUGCAGUUGUUUCUGUAGCAACAUCCUUCACAGAUGGUACCAAGGACCACUGCUUUUUGACAGAUGAUAAUAUAUUUGAAGUCAAAUUGACAAAGAAUUCUGGAGGCCUUGGCUUUAGUGUUCUGCAAAUGGAAGGAGAUGCUUUUGAACACCUUGGAGGAGCUAUUGUCAGGAUCAAAAGACUGUUUCCAGGGCAGCCAGCUGAAGAGAAUGGCAAAAUUGAAGUCGGAGACAUCAUUUUAGCUGUGAAUGGGAAACCUAUUCAAGGACUCUUGUAUCAGGACGUCCUGCACUUGUUGCGAGGAGCUCCUCCAGAAGUCACACUACUACUCUGCAGACCACCAAAAGGUGUUCUUCCAGAAAUAGAGCAGAGUGCCCUGACUCCAGCACCAUCUCCAAUUAAGGAGUUUGUGGCAGAAAUGCCAGGCAGUACAGAGGUAGGAAAUAGCAUGGAUCAGUCUACCAGUGAUGGAGGUAGCACCUCUCCGGACCUUGAAGACUGUCUGGAUUCUCCAGUGGCAGCAGAUUUCAGUGAGCCUCCUGAAUACGACAGCUCAACUUACGAAGAGCAGGAAGCCGAGUUUCAAGAGAAGAACAUACAGAAACUUAUGGCUCCCAGGGAAAGUUUCUAUAAGCAUCUUUGGAAGUUUCAUCAAGAAGCUGCCAGUUCUGAAGUCUUUCACUCCCUAGAGGAAGAAGUGAAGCAGAACUGCUACUCACCAUGUGAAGCUGGAUGCGUCAAAAGCCACGUAUUUAAUAAGAGUCAUGAUGACCUAUCGAACACAAAAUCUAUGCCUGAAACUCUCUCUCUAACCCCUAUUGAUGAAGAGUAUCUCACUAUCAGCUCAACGUCUGUGACCUCACUUUCACGGGGAGGAAGCUCCGAGACACUCUCCACAACCAUGGCAACCCCACAACCACAUGUUUGUGGUCCUUUCUCAUCAUCCCUGCCUACUAGAGACACACGUGACAGUGACAAUGAAUGGGAAGACUUGGAGGAACUAGAGGAAGAAAAGGAAGAAAAGGAAGAUUGCACUAGGGAAACUGAGAUCUUUGUGACUUUGACAAAGUCAGAGAACAGCACUUAUGGAUUCUCUGUAGUUCUUAACAAAGUGGACAGCUGCCUGUAUGUCGAUGAAAUCUUGAAUGAGCCUGCCCUGUCUGAUGGAAGACUAAGAAGGGGAGACAGAAUCAUUAUGGUGAAUGGAAUUGAUGUCACAUCUUUACCAUGCAAUGAAGCCCUGACUUUACUGCAAAGCUCUCCUCCGGAUCUGCACCUUGUGGUUGGUCGUGCUGACAGUGAUCUGCGUCCGUCUAUUAGGCCAGAGGAGAUUCCUGAAAUUACUCUCACAAAAGGUGCCAAUGGACAGCUAGGCUUGAAGCUGACAGGAGGAGCUGGAAGCAAGUUACAAGGUAUUUAUGUACUAGAGAUAGUGCCUGGCUCUCCUGCCAGCAUGGAAGGCAGUUUGCAGCCACGAGAUCAGAUUGUUUACAUCUGUGGACUCUGGACUGAGGGCAUUACCCUUGAUGAUGCAGUGAGAGUAUGUGAAGCUGCCACCCAGAAUGUCCAAAUCAAAGCCACAAGAAAUGGCAAUCCAGUGGUUCCUCUAGAGCAGGAAAAUAAGAAACAUUCGGAGGAAACAAACUGUGGUGCUCAGCAAAACACUCCCGAUUCUCCAGAAUGUAAGGACUUCAUUAUUAAGAUUGAGCUGGAAAAAGCAGAAAGUGGAAGCCUAGGAUUUGCACUGGUAGGUGGAAGAAAUGGCAGGGCUAUCCUAAUAAAAGCCAUCAGCCCGGACAGCAUUGCAGACUUAGAUGGGAGGCUUCAAGUUGGUGACAUUCUACUUAAGGUGAAUGAGACUUUCGUGUCUGGUCUGCCACGCCAAACAGUUAUAGAUUUGCUGCGCAAGGCUCGAGGCACUGUUCAACUGACUGUCUGCCGAAGCAUGGCUUUGCACUGGGCUUAUUCAGGCAAUCAGAGCAACAGUAUACCUUCCCCCCCAGACAUAAAAGCAGAGCCUGAUGGUGCUGAGGGAAGUCUGAGAGCUCAGCCUGUUUUCACUUUCAAGGAAGAACAAUCUAACCAGAAGUGCACCAAGGAUCCAGAAAGUAUACACAAUUCCCCUCUGCAAGGUCAGCUGACUGGACAAGACUAUAAGGAUAUCAUCAGUAACAUUUCAGACAGGUCACAGAAAUAUGCAAAAUGUGAAGGCUGCAGAAGAGAGAGUCAGCAGUCUGAGUCAGACAGCUGGAACAAUGAAGAUGACGAUAUGCCCCACAGAAUUUCCGUUCUACCUAGAAGCAGAACCUUUGCUUCUGGAGAUGAACUGUCUCAGCUAAUUAACUUUGAACCAUCACUGACUGGAGUAGGUCCAAGGACUGGCAUCACAGGUCUUAUUCAAGGCCUCCAGCUGCAGAUAGAGAAUCAAGAAGUGUUAAAGGAGUUUAUGGCUUUAGAACAUGUGAAACCAAUAGAUGACUGCAGAACUGGCAAAGCACCAGAAAACCAGAAUAAAAACAGAUACCAAGAUAUUCUUCCGUACGAUAAGACACGAGUUCAUCUGGGAGAAAAGAACGGCUACAUUAAUGCAAGUUACAUUAGAAUGAAAGUUGGAGACGAGGAUCAUUUCUAUAUUACAACACAAGGGCCUCUGCCAUCCACUAUGGCUGAUUUCUGGCAAAUGGUCUGGGAGAGUGAAUCGGAUGUGAUUGCCAUGAUGACAAAAGAAGUGGAGCUAGGGCAAGUCAAAUGUCAUCGGUACUGGCCUGAGCCUCCCCAGGACUCUAUAGACCUGACUAAUUUCCAUCUCAGGCUAGACAAUUACCAGAUUCUGGAAUACUUCAUAAUUAGAACAAUAGAAAUGAUCAACAAGCAGACAGAAGAGAAACGCAUUGUAAGUCAUUUGCAGUUUACUACUUGGCCAGACCACAAUACUCCCAAACUGGCUGAGCAGCUUGUAAAAUUUAUUUGUUACAUGAGAAAAGCUCACAGUGCAGGACCUAUUGUUGCUCACUGCAGCACUGGCAUUGGAAGAAGUGGAAUUUUGCUCUGUGUUGAAGUUCUGCUCAGCUAUAUAGAAAAAGAUCUAUGUUUCAACAUCAAGCAGAUUGUGAGAGAUUUGAGAGAUCAGCGUUUUGGCAUGAUCCAAACGAAG